UAAGAUGUUCUGGAGUGGGUUCCUCUAUUAUGUACAAGUUAUUUGUUUUUAAAAUUAUAAAACAUUGAUAACAGGGAGAAAAAAAUGUGUGAAAAUGACAGUUAUGGCAACACAGCACCACUAAACUGACCCUCGGACUUAAGAUAUUUCUUAAGCCUCAGAGCCCGACGGCAUCAUCCGCGACGUCACACGGGACCUCCGAUAUAUAUUUAUAUUAUUUAAUGAAAGUUUUAUCGAUUUUCUUACCGUUUUUCCCAGCAGAAAGCUAACGAGCUAGCCAUCACGGGGGUGUCUUUGUAGCCUUUACAGAAGGUUUUCUAUCCAGCCUGGAACAUGUGCAUCUUUUGUUCAGCAAUAAAUCAAAACGCUUACAUCCAAGAUUUAUCCACUUGAUGUCCAUAAUUUAUAAAUGUUCCGUUAUUUCGAUGCUAGCUGCCAUUUUGGAUAUCUCAUGACGCUUUGCGUGAGGCUUUGACCAAUGACAGGCUGACCCGUCAGCCACGUAGGUGUGCGUCAUUACGCAUGAACCCCAACUCUGUUAUUGUGGAGAGAGCGAGGGGGAGAGAGACGCACGGCAAGUAGUGUUGAGGAGAGAGAGACGCGCGGCAGUUUUGUGGAGAAAGUUUGAGGAAGAAGUUUGAGGAGAAAGUCUGAGGAUACACGGAGAACAAUGGAUCGUCGGAGAUAUAUGGACGCAAAUCAAGCGCUGGCCUUUUUUGAAGCCAUGCAGGAUGAUGAAUAUUCAGGAGAAGAGAGCUUUUUGACUGAUGAGGAACUCCAUUACCAGGAUGGUCUAGACCCCGCUGAAGAUCGUGAUAAUGAAGAAGACACCAGCCCACCCACCCAAGCCAGACAGGAAAGCUCCGAUUCUUCCGCUGUGGAGGGCCCUUCCACUUCUGCUGCAGCACCCCAGCCUUCCACUUCUGCUGCAGCACCCCAACAGCUGCCAGGACUAGGAUGGCUGCAGUCACGGUCACGAGGGAGAGCGUCGUCAAGAUCCAGAUCCGGCAGCUUGAGGGGUCAGCAGAGUCCUGAAUCCACUAGGUCGAGAUCUAGAUCACCACAGCCAGCAGCCCCAACUCCAUCAUGGAACAGUGAGAGUCAGCCAGACAUCCCACCAGUGCCCACAUCCACACCAUUGGACCUUUUCAAACUUUUUGUCAGUGACAGUGCAGCAACCACUUUGUGUAAUAACACAAACACAAACGCUGCAAAAAACGUUGCCAGUGGCAAAAAAUGUUCCUGGAAAAACUUCACUGUUGAAGAAUUUUUCAAAUAUUUAGGACUGACUUUCUUUUUUGCACUGGUGAGACUGACAAAUAUCCAGGACUACUGGAGGACAAAUACAAUUUUCAGCCAACAGUUUCCCCACUCAGUGAUGGCACGUGACAGGUAUCAGGUCAUUUCCUGGAACAUCCACAUGAGCGACCCUGAUGAAGAUGUCUACAACGACCGGAAGAGAGGGACACCAGCUUAUGACCGGCUGUUUCGUCUGAAGCCCCUUUUAGAUGACAUCAAAUAUGCGUGCAGAGCAUUUUAUCACCCACGGCAGAACCUUUCAUUGGAUGAGAGGAUGGUGGCAACAAAGUCUCACACUGGCAUGACGCAAUAUAUGAAGGCGAAGCCAACUAAGUGGGGCUUCAAACUUUUUGUGCUGGCAGACAGCAGCAUUGGUUACACUUUAGACUUUGCUGUAUACAGGGGGAAGUCUGUGUUUGUUUCUGGUGUAGGACUGGCAUACGACUCCGUUAUGUCCCUCAUGAACAAAUCAUCCCUAGGGAGUGGCUACAAUGUGUAUGUAGACAACUUCUACUCAAGUCCAAAGCUAUUCAUGGAUCUCUACAGCAUGAACUUUGGAGCAUGUGGCACCUACAGGGACAACAGACGAGGAUGCCCCUGCACAACCACAAAUUCCAUGACCAAAAAGGAUCCUAGGGGCACCAUCAGGUGGAUUCGUGACAACCCUCUGGUUUUUGUAAAGUGGAUGGACACUCGGGAAGUCUCUGUCUGCUCCACAAUUCACCCGGCCUUCUCUGGCAACACAGUUCAGAGAAGGGUAAGAACUCAGGAUGGAGGCUGGGACACCAAAUCCAUUCCAUGCCCAACCCCUGUCACUGAGUACAACAAGCAUAUGGGAAGUGUUGGUCUUUCUGAUCAACUCAUCCAAUACUACUCCGUUCACCAUAAAACAAUGAGAUGGUACAGGACAUUGUUUUACCAUUUUUUGGACAUUGCUGCGACCAACAGCUACUUACUUCACAAGAAGCAGCAGAGAAGCAGCAACAGCCCAUGACCCACAGGGGUUUUCUGGAGGAGCUGACAGCCCAACUCUGUGGUGUUACCGUUGCUGUUUCCCCCACCCAGCAACAAAGUGACCAUGUACCUGUGCCAACAUCUGACCAAACUGAUACCAGCAAGAA